AUGUACUCUCCUCGUCGCCUACCUCUCACCAAAGAGAAUCUCUCCAGAAAAGAGAGAGAAGAAGCGGAACUUCAUAGCAGCAACAUCUCCCGACGUCGCCGAACUUCCACCAAAGACUGCGUGAUGGAAUCUCCUCGUCUCAUGCCCUUCCCUUACCACAACGAUUCUUGCUUUCUACCCACAGUAGAACACCCACAAUCGAAGCAGCCAACCACAGAAUCUUACGUCAGCCUCUCAAACACAGCCUUCUCCUCCUGUUCGCCAUCUUCUUAUGCCUCAACUAGGACACCUUGUAGUCUUAGUGCAGAAAAACGCUCUGUGACCUUUGCGGCGCCACUCGAAAAGGGGUCUGAAAAACUCGACAAAUCAUCAAAGUCAUCACCAGCCCGCCGCCUUCUUUCUCGUGGAAAGAACAUCAAUGUACCAGGCACUCGCUUUGUACAUUUUUGUCGAAAGUGGCUUGGGAAACGCGAGCCUGAAACUUGUUUGACAGAGAAUUCGCCUGUCUGGUACAGUCGUUUUGAUUCAAACCCUGUCCCACCUCAAGGUUUACAGUACGCGGUUGCCAGCUAUUAAGUCCAGCAAAAAAAAAGAUAAUUAAUGGAGCUGGACCCCAUACACACACACACACACACAAACUAUCUCUGUCUUAAUUUUAGUGUUUGGUGCAACUUUGCUUCUGUACUUGCUUUUUCCUUCCUUUUCCUUCCUUAUAUAUUUCUCCCUCCCUCUAUCUAUCUAUCUCUAUAUUUCCCAUAUAUAUAUAUAUAUAUAUAUAUAUAUACAACACGCUGUGCGUAGCUACAUAUCCUAAUCACCAUUUAUUUUAUUCCCCUGCAAAAAAAAGCCCAUAUUUCUCUUUAUUUAUUUAUUUUUUUCUGUACAUAAUUUCCUGCUCUUUUCUGCUUGUAUUUUUUCUCUCCCUCUCUCUAUCUCUUAAUCUCUUUGUCAGUCAAUCAAUCCAGUCUAGUCCCCGUCUUUAUAUCACUUUAUUUUAUUUAAUGAAAAGGGUUAAAAAUAUAUAUAUACAUGUAUGUAUGUAUGUAUGUAUGUAUGUAUGUAUGUAAUUUGUCUUUCAAAAUU